AUGCGUGUUGGUGAAUGUUUGUGCGCAGCAGGAUUCCUACUACAGUUUUUGAUCCUACUUAAAUGCAGUGCGAUUACAGCGACCAUUACGACACCAGUCAAGGAUUACAGCAAUGCGAGUGCUACAGAUGAAUUGAUGACGCUGCGCAAUAUUGGCCGCUCGCUCACGCUAUGCUUGACCGCUUCUAAGCGUUGGACAUGUCUGGAACGGCAAUUAAAUCGUGCUUUGGUUGCUGUGGCAGAGGACGACAGCACUUGGCAAUAUGGCGAUUUCAUUACUGUUGAAAAAUUGCCACGCAACAGAAGUGAUGUGCACGAAGGACAAUCAUCAAUUUCUUCAAAAGAGCGUGCACAGCGACAGCGCGCACUUCCAGUGGAUGGCAGUGAGCCCGUGCCGAACAGCAUUGCAGCGAGUUUGCUUCAAAUAGCCAAAUCACGCUCGAUACGCUUACAGUUGCCGAGCUCUGUGCAAGCUUUGAACAAAAUUGGCGUGGGAAUUUCGGAUGCUAUCGAUUUAUGGGCACCCACCGAACCGUUAACAUCAGCGGAGGCGGCGCAAGCGGAUGCAGGACGCAAAAAGAAAGGCAAAGACAAAAAUAUGGCUAUGAUGGGCGGCAUGGCGCUGAUUGCAAUGGUUGCGCAAAUGUUUCUCGGCAAGGUGAUCCUGAUCGCUGGCGCCGCCUUUGUGAUGGCAAAGAUUGCGCUGCUCGUCUCCUUACUUGGCAGUCUCAAAAAGGGAUCGACUGGAAGCAGUGGUAGCACAGAGCGCAUCGUUGUGACCAGUCCAGGGCAUGGCAGUGGUGGUGAUGGCGGUGGGCAUGGACACGGGCACAGCGGUUAUGGCUACGAUUCGGGAUGGCACCGUAGUAUGCCGCUCACUUAUCCGAAAGCAGAAAUAAUAAGCGAGGAGCCAAAGCAUAAAAAAGCUCACCAUCACACACCACCACAGACGCACACACCGCCUGACAGCUACUACUACAGUAAAAUUAUCGAAGCGGCUAAUGAAGACGCAAGCGAUGAUAAUAGACGCAGAGGCGCGCAGUCUGGAUUUCUUUAGAGUUAAUUGAAAUGGAAUUUGU